AUGGAUGCGUGCUCUCGGCUGCCCUGUGGCCGCCGCCCCCUGGCCAGGCUACCUCCGGCGUUCGGCUUAGGUCUGCGGACCAUCCGCGUGGCGGCUGUGGAUGCCUGCCGCAGGUGUCGCAAAUCCGUCCACCGGCCAUGCACUCGAUCACAAGGUGGGGCAGAUGAGGCGGGGCCAUGCGGCGGCCGUGGUCGAGAGGGCGUCGAGCUGGCGCAAUCCCGGCUGUCUCCGGCGCUGGCCGCCGGCCUGUCGUUGGGAUUGCUGCUGGCAGCGGAGCCGUCAAUGGCGGGACCAUCCUCUCUCGCCCUGCAGCACUCCAACAUACUUUUCUCCGUGGCGGAUCUCGGCGGCGCGGCGGUGGGUCUGGCGAGCUUUGUUCUGAAGCCCGUCCUGGCCAUUGGUCAAAUUUUGUUCGUCAUACGGAUAGUGUUGACUUGGUAUCCGGAGGUGGAGAUGACCAAACUGCCUUGGAGCAUCGCUUGUGUUCCCACCGAACCCAUUUUGAAGCCCACCAGGGCUGUUGUGCCCCCGGCAUUUGGAGUGGACAUUUCCCCCGUUAUUUGGGUGGGCAUUCUCAGCUUCAUUAAUGAGAUCCUGUUGGGGCCGCAGGGUAUUUUUACACUUAUCGAAAAGCAAGUGUAG